AUGCAGCCAAUAGAAAAAUCUUCAAGAAGCAAUGAGGUCUCAUGCGGGCGGGAGAUGUGGUUAAGUCCGCGGGGCGUGAAAUUUGUAGGAAGCGAGAAGAACAGCCGCAGCUCUGGAUAUCUGAUGAGCAGCGUCAAAUGUGAGGCUUCAACUACCGGGGGUAAGGUAAGUGUAUCAUCAAAGACUUUACGCUGCGUAAAUGGGCUUGAAGCCAACCCGAAGGAUGUAAAGGGCAGCGUGAAGAACUGGAAUGAAACCCGGCCACUUGUUGACUUUACUUGGAGUAUUUACCUCCUAAUGGUUAAUGGGCUGCCUAGCAUCAGUGCAUCACGGGAGCAAGGGGUGAAGUGA